AUGGAGAUCUCUUUAGUAGCUCAGCUACUGAACGACACUCUUAACCCCGAUAGCACCGUUGUUCACACAGCAACAGGAUCUCUCGAUGGACUCUCUCAUUUCCCUCAAUUUCCUUUCUCUCUCCUCUCCAUUUCCACCGGAGGCGAAAAUCAUGGUCAAAGAGUCGCAGCUGCCACGUACCUUAAGAACUUCACUCGGCGAAAUAUUAAUAGUGAAAAUCGGAAUUCAGAAUCAAAUGUCAGUAAGGAAUUCAAGGACCAGCUUAUGCGAUCUUUGCUUCAAGUGGAACCUCCGGUUCUAAAAGUAUUAGUUGAAACGUUUCGGAUUAUUAUUGUAGCGGAGUUCGUUAAGCAGAAUAAUUGGCCAGAACUUGUACCUGAAUUAUGGUCUGCUAUUCGAAAUAGUAAUCUAAUUAGCAGCAAUGCGAAUUGUGAAUGGAAAACUAUCAAUGCUCUUACGGUUCUUCAAGCGCUUGUUAGACCUUUCCAGUACUUUCUAAAUCCUAAAGUUGCUAAGGAGCCGGUGCCACAGCAAUUGGAGCUAAUUGGGAAAGAAAUUCUUGUACCAAUGUUAAAUUUAUUCCAUCAACUUGUUCAAAAGGCUUUGUCUACCCAGGGUCGAAUAGAAAUGGAAAUGGAGAAGAUACUUCUUAUUGUGUGCAAGUGCAUGUAUUUCACUGUGAGAUCGCAUAUGCCAUCUGUAUUAGUUCCUCUCCUGCCUUCAUUUUGUCGUAAUUUGAUCGGGCUUCUGGGUUCCUUGAGCUUUGAUUAUGGUGUUGCUCCAGAAGAACAAUGCUUGUUACGAUUGAAGACUGGAAAGAGGACUUUGCUCAUAUUCAGCACUCUGAUUACUCGACAUCGGAAGUAUUCUGACAAGUUCAUGCCAGACAUUGUAAACAGUGCUUUGAAGAUUGUCAGAUGUAGCACAAACAUCAGUAAGCUUGAUUUCCUUUCAGAGAGGAUUAUUUCAUUAGCUUUUAAUGUAAUUUCAAACGUCCUGGAGACUGGCCCUGGAUGGAGAUUAGUUUCGCCACAUUUUUCAUUUUUAUUGGACUCUGCAAUCUUACCAGCGCUGGUCCUGAAUGAAAAGGAUAUUUCUGAGUGGGAAGAAGAUGCAGAAGAGUACAUACGAAAGAACCUUCCGUCUGAACUUGAAGAAAUUUCUGGAUGGAGGGAGGAUCUGUUUACUGCCAGAAAAAGUGCAAUGAACUUGCUUGGUGUUAUUUCAAUGUCGAAGGGACCUCCCACGGGGACUUCUAGCAAUAUUUCUUCAGCCUCAUCCAAGCGUAAGAAAGGUGAAAAGAACAAGAGAAACAAUCAGCGCUGUUCUAUGGGAGAGUUGUUGGUGCUUCCAUUUUUAUCUAAGUUUCCCAUUCCUUCCGACUUUAAUGCAUCUGAAGCAAGAAUGAUAAAUGAGGAGCAAAAACCUGGAUAUAUAACCACUUUGGUUAGAACUCGGCUGCUACCACUUUAUGCGAUACCUGCAAGCUCACCAUAUUUGAUUGCUUCUGCAAACUGGGUUAUAGGGGAGCUAGCGGCCUGUCUAACAGAAGAGAUGAAUGCAGAUGUAUAUUCCUCAUUGCUUAAGGCGCUGGCAAUGCCGGAUGAUGAGGACACUUCUUGUUAUCCUGUGCGGAUUUCUGCAGCUGGGGCAAUUGCAGAGCUUCUUGAAAAUGACUAUCCGCCACCUGAGUGGUUACCUCUUCUUCAAGUUGUGAUUGGUAGGAUCAAUGUUGAAGAUGAAGAGAGUUCAAUAUUGUUUCAGCUUCUUAGUUCUGUGGUGGAGGCUGGUGAUGAAAGUGUUGCGGAUCAUAUUCCUUUUAUGGUCACAUCAUUAGUUGGAGCCCUCUCAAAAUCUAUACAUCCUAGCAUGGAAACAUGGCCUCAGGUGGUUGAAAGAGGCUUUGCAACAUUAGCAGUGAUGUCUCAAUCUUGGGAAAACUUCAUACCUGAAGAGACUGAGCAGAUUGAAUCAAGUGAAAAGUGGGUAUGUGGUCGAACUGCCAUCGGUAAAGCGUUUUCAGCACUGUUGGAACAGGCUUGGCUUGCUCCCAUGCAUCCAGUGGAUGGUGAGGUGCGACCCACUCCAACAUGCUUAGAUGAUUCUUCGACGCUGCUACAAUCUGUUAUGCUAUCUGUUACUGGAAGCAAUGCAAUUCAACAGCUUAAACUAUCUGAAUUGUUGCUGGUUUGGGCUGAUCUGAUUGCUGACUGGCAUGCUUGGGAAGAGUUGGAAGAUUUGUCAGUCUUUGACUGCAUUAAGGAAGUUGUUAGUCUACACAGGAGAUAUGGGCUGGAGAAUUUUAUCGUUGGACAGAUGCCAUCACCUCCCGCCCCACCAGUGCCACGGCAAUCUAUCAUUGAAGGCAUUGGUGCUUUUGUAAGUGAGGCCAUCUCACAAUAUCCAUCUGCAACUUGGAGGGCUUCCUCGUGCGUUCAUAUACUACUAAAUGUUCCAAGCUACUCAUUUGAGGCUGAAAAUGUGAAGCAGUCCUUGGCAACUGCUUUUAGCCAGGCUGCAUUUUCUCGUUUUAGAGAAAUUCAAAGCAAGCCCUGUUCACUGUGGAAACCUUUGCUGCUUGUUAUAUCAUCAUGCUAUUUGUGCUAUCCUGACACCGUGGAGGCCAUUUUAGAGAGGUAUGCAGAGGGAGGCUUCACAAUUUGGGCUUCUGCUAUUGCUUUUGUGUGCUCUGGCUCUUUCGAGCCUGGUCUUUCAACAAACUCCGAGAUAAAGUUAACAGCAAUGACUUUGGUCAAGGUGAUUGAGGGAUUGUUAGGACAGCAGAAUUCAGGGGUUGGUUUGUCAAGGGACUGCUUUAAAUCAUUGAUGGAGGCAUUGGUAAGGUUGAAAGAAGUGCAGGAUGAAAUGGAGGAAGAUGAAGAAGACAGAGAGGCCGAAGAAGAUGAUGAAGAUGAAGAUGACGACAGCGAUGAGGAUUCUGAGGGGGAUGAACUUGAAGAAACUGAAGAGGAGUUUUUGGAAAGGUAUGCAAAAGCAGCCACUGCCUUGGAGAAUGGUACGGUUGUUGAAGAGGGAGAUGUGGAAGAUCAGGAGCAUGAAAUUGAGCUGGGUUCUUUGGAUGAAGUAGAUGAGGAGAAGGUUGUUUUGUCAUUGAUAGAGAGGUUCCACCAUGUCCUCAUACAAGGGCAUGACAUACCAUCCCAUGUAUCCAACAAAUUAAUCGAUGCACUCUGCAAGGAAACAUCAAACCCGGAAUUCUGCAGAAAUACUCUCAAAAGUAACUCAGAGACCAAGCAAACAGAUAUGGAUGAGCUUGGAAUCAUUACUGUCAUGUCGGCUACGGCACAGGCAAGAUUAAACAAGUAUAUUGUCAAGUCCAUCCUUCAAAAUGAGAACGAUGGAGUAACGAAGGACAAGCUCUCUACCUGCCAAAUUGAUUAUGAAGUAACAUUGGGCAAGCUAAAGAGUGCCUACAGGUCAUCUUAUAUAAGGGCAUGGGAAGAUUGGUGA